AUGCCAAUCACCCAAGAGAAUGCACUGAACCAUUUGCCCCUGCUGGAAAGCUGGCUAAGUGCUCAUGCUGGGGACCAGGACCAGGAGGAUGAGUCCAGUAAGAACACGGGCGGCAUCGCCCUGUGCCAGGCUGCUAUUCGCAAGCUGGUGGAGUACAUCCAGUUGAACUUUAUUGAGUGCGAGAGCCUUCCUUGUAAUGCCAUUCUGCUCAAGGAGGAGGUGGACGCGGAGGUGAGAGCAGUCUGUCUGAGCAAGGCCGAUGGAGAUGGGUCAGAGUUCGGCCUCAGCUUUGGCAACAUCCCCAUUUUUGGGGACCCUGAGGGGAAGAAGAAAGGCCGGCGGAGGCGCAGGAAAGGUGAUAAGGGUCCUGUGUUGGAUGUAGGGUGCAUAUGGGUGACUGAGGUGAAGAAGAAAAGCCCGGCAGCAUGCUGUGGAGACAUCAAGCUACGGGACGAGCUGUUGUCGCUCAACGGGCAGCUUAUGGUAGGCGUGGACGUCACUGGAGCCAGUUAUCUGGCGGACCAGUGCUGGAAUGGCGGCUGCAUCUACCUGAUCAUGUUGCGUAGGAUCAAACGCAAGGCCCCUCUCCCUCCGUGCAAUGGCAGCGGCGGCAACUGCGCAGAGACACCAAGCGAACACUGUAGCAGCGUCUCCUCAGAGCCUGCGAUCAGCCCCACUCAGAAUGGCAAGCGAACCCGCAAAUUUGGCGUCAUUUCCCGUUCCUCCUUCACCAGAGACAGCAAGGAUAGCAAGGACAGUCGAGAUUUUGAGCAUGAGAAUGGUUAUAGUUCCAUGGAGACAGAGGUCACAACCCCAGAGACCAGCACCCCUGUUGAUACGCCGACUGAGGAGAGACCAGUCUUUGGUCCCUCAAUGACAAUACCCAAUCACAUGAAGGUUGGGAGCACAGCUACUUUGCCCAGCCGCUCCUACUCACGUCUGUCGGAGAACUACAAGACUGAGUCCAUAAGCAGUGAACCUUCUAGCCAGCCUAGAGAGGGGAGUCGUAUCUGGAAGAUGCACAUGGUGAAGGGGCAGGAUGGCAUGGGCAUUCAGAUUACAGGCGGCCGCGGCUCUAAGCGCUCUCCACAUGGAAUCGUGGUGGCCCAUGUGGAAGAAGGAGGAGCCGCUCAGAGGGAUGGGCGAUUGAAAGCAGGUGACGAGCUGCUGAUGAUCAACGGUCACUCCCUGGUGGGCCUCUCUCAUCAGGAAGCUGUGGCUGUUCUCCGGUCUACGGCAGGCCUGGUGCAGCUGGUGGUGGCUAGCAGGGACGAGUCUGAAGUGGACUUCCACAAGUACCCGUCCACCAGCCUGCCGGACCUGGUGAGCACGUGCUCGGGACAGGACGCCCUGCCCUCCCCUGGGGAGGAGAAGGAGAACAUGGAGCCGGAUGUGGAGGACGUGAGGGCUAGCAGCCUCUCCCUGCCCACACAGGACUCGUUCACAGAGCUGGAUAAGCUGGAUGAGCGUGGCCGAAUGGAAGGACCCAAAGGAUGUUGCCGCAGCCCCACGCCUAUGAAGUUCCGCAGCAGAUCCCAAGGUGGUGGCUCGCGUCUGGAGUCUGUUGGGGAAGAUGAUGAGCUGAUAGUUGAAAACGGUGAUUCAGGAACUGACGUAGCAGAGAAGCCAUCACGUGGUGGACGUAAACACUCCCUCCCACAGCAGCUGGACACAGUGGGAAUCCGACAGGAAUAUCAAAUCGUGAAGAAAUCAGCGCGUUCCCUAAGUACUGUUCAAGUGGAGUCUCCAUGGCGACUGGCACAACCGUCCAUUAUCUCCAACAUUGUCCUGAUGAAAGGACAGGGCAAGGGUCUGGGUUUCAGCAUUGUUGGAGGCCAAGAUUCUGCUCGAGGGAGGAUGGGGAUAUUUGUCAAGACAAUUUUCCCCAAUGGAGCAGCAGCAGCAGAUGGAAGACUCAAAGAGGGGGAUGAGAUUCUAGAAGUGAAUGGAGAAUCUCUUCAAGGCCUCACGCAUCAGCAGGCCAUUCAGACUUUUAAGCAACUGAAGAAAGGUGUGGUUACUUUAACUGUACGCACCCGUCUGCGGAGUCCCAGCCUAACUCCUUGCCCGACACCCACACUGCUCAGCCGAUCCAGUUCACCCAAUUCUAACACCAGUGGUGGGACCCCUGUACCACCUGGGUUUGAUGAUGGAGACUCCCGGAAGGGACCUGGCCCAAAAGAUCGUAUCAUAAUGGAGGUCACACUAAAUAAAGAACCUGGUGUGGGGCUGGGAAUUGGUGCCUGCUGCUUAACUCUGGAAAACAGCGCUCCUGGAAUCUACAUUCAUAGCCUGGCUCCAGGAUCUGUGGCCAAGAUGGACGGCAGACUCAGCCGAGGGGACCAGGUGUUGGAGGUAGAUUCAGUAAGCUUACGGCAUGCUGCACUAAGCGAGGCCUACGCUAUCCUGAGUGAAUGUGGCCCCGGUCCAGUGAGCCUCAUCAUAAGCAGACAUCCCAAUGCUAAGGUAUCGGAGCAGGAGAUGGACGAGGUGAUCACUCGCUCUACCCACAGAGACAGUGUAGGCAGGGACAGCCAUUCCUCUCACACACUGGGCCUGCCGUCCAAGAGCCCUUCACCCACUGUGAAGGCCAGGCAGGGAGAGGCGCUCAGCUGGACCAUGAAGAGGUUCUUAGAGCCAGCUAGUCGGCAAGGUUCACUAAGUUCUGAGGCUGAGCUAUCUCAGUAUUUCUCCCAUGACGUUCCCAGCCAGUCUUCUCUCUCAGAAACCAUGGCAAUGGGCUCCAGUGACGAUGACAUGCUUCACAACAGCAGGAGCUGUAAUACCUCACUGGACGAACCAACAGCACCUCAUUCCCAUGCCUAUAAAGAUGCUGAUGGUAACCCUUCAUUUGGAGAUGUCUGUAAAUCUUCUGGUACUGUUAACCGAGCCACAUCAGACCUGACCCGGCAAGCCAGUGUGGGCAGCAGCCCCAGCUCUGUCCGCAGCCCCCUCCUCCGGCAGCGUAGGGUCAUAUGCUAUGAAGAUGAACCCAGUGACGAGGAACUGGGUCCAGAUGAGGAUGCGGGACCCUUCCGGCGGCUGCACCGCAGCGUACCAGAUGGCAACUGCCAUCACCACCACCACCAGGAGGACGACUCCGGCAUAGUCAUGGCCACCUCAUCAGUGGAAGUGGACGAUGAGAGUCAGGACAGCAGUGAGGGUCACAGGCACAGUGAACCAGCCACUCCGCCCUAUGGCAGCUCACUGGAGUCAGAAGAAGGUGCUGGUGGUCCAUCUGGUGCUGAGUCACCAUUCAUGCCCAUUCGCUGUUUCGAGCAGAGCGCUGGAGGAGGUGGAGCCAACCUGGGUGUGAAGAAGGAGCCGUACCGCGAAGGGCAGGAGUCCAAGCGCUCACCUAAACUGGAGCACAAAGCUGUGACCCGUGUCAAGAGCAUGAUGAGCAUCGAGUGCCCCAACAUGCCGCAGAAGACCAAAGGUGAGGAGACCAUUACGGCAACGGCCUCCCCUGCUCAGGCUGCACAAUGCAGCUCACGGACCGCCAGCAGACCCCAGCACCACUGCAGGAGGGGAGAGCCCAGUGAGCUGGCAGGGAUCUGCACUAUUGAAACUGUUGUUCUAAAGCGCAGUGAGGAAGAGUCUUUCGGACUGGACCUGGAGAUUAAGUCGUCGCCUCUGAAAGUCCUGAUCACAGGACUGAGACCUGGAGGUGCUGCUGAGAGGGAAGCCAGAGGGAGAAUGAGUGUGGGAGAUGAAAUCGUAGCCAUUGGUGACACCCCAGUGUGCACCUCGUCCUAUCAGGAGAUCUGUGACCUCAUGCAUAACCUGCCCGUCAGUCUAACAUUAGAGAUUAAGAAGCCUGUCUCAGCUGUAGAUCGACUCUCUAGUUUAAUGAUCUCAUCAGGCUGUGAACAGUCUAGUAAGAUGGAGGUAUGUAGAUCUGCCCUGGAGGAGAAAACCAGCAUGGACAAAACAGCGGCUGCAAACGUAGAAAGUUCUUCUCCAGAAACAGAUUCAAAAAAGGUGGUUGCGACCACUGCAAACGAGGUGCCUGUCACUAAUAUUGAUGACGUUAUAACCGAGCUGAACUCAUUUGAAAAUAAUGUGAACUCAGAAACGCAGACUGUUCCUGAAGUCAUUGAGACAACUGCAUGUCCAAUAGAAAGCAGCGACCUUAAGAAUGAGGGUAUGACUACCAUUCCACUACGACCAAAACUUUUAGAUUUCUCUGUCUUAGAUUCGGAAAACAAAGGUUGUCUUUUGCCAGUAGGGAAGACAUUUCUGAACAGUUACUCCAGGAACUACAGUCAACUCUCAAAUGAUGCCACAGCCCUUUCCGUGAAAGGUUGUGCAGAGAAAGCAAGUAUGUACAAUAUGUUGGAUGAUAGUGACUCUGAAAGUGACUCGGCCACAGAUGGUGCUGUGAAAACUGAAAAACCAAAAGAUCACGGUCAAGACCCUCAAGACACUGACUCUGAUGAGGAGAUUGAGCUGUGUUAUAGUCCGGUUGAGUCAAAUCUAGGAAAAGACAGUCCUGGGUCUCCUAAAGAGGAUAUCUCAAGCAGCCACACUGAUGAAGUGAUUCAGACUGAUGAAGAUGUUCUUCAAAAAAACUAUUGUCCAUCUUUACAGGACAUGGACUUAAAGCCAGUAAAUGAUUCUGUUUCCCUGACUUUGCUUCAGGGUCCACACUGUCCCCAGUCGUCAGGUUCAGCAUUAGCUCUGAACGAGGAUACUAAGCUAGUUCCUGAAAAGGACGAGGCAAUCUGUGGGACUUUGUCAAGCCCAGAGCCAUCAGAUUGUAAAGCUGAUGAGAAAUGUGAAAAGAUGUUGACACCUGUCACAACCAGCCAGACACCAUCAAGUGUCAGCAGUCUCCCUGCAGCGUUAAAUAACCGCCAUGUCACCCCACGGAGUCAAGAAAGGACAUCUAAGAUGCAGUCAAAUUCAUUACUGACCACAGGUAAACCCAACCCUGUGCAAAUGCCACUCACUCAAACUGUACCAGAGCCCAAGGCUUCAGAUUAUUCCAAUGGCAAAUCCAGCGGGAGAACAUCCACUACAGCGACUACAAAAGAGAAAGAGAAAACUUAUUCUAGCUCUGACUCCAAAUCUCUUCUUACCCAGUCUCAAACUAAAUCCACCACUAACUCUCUUCGACCUUUGGGACACAAGUCCUUGAGUGAUAACCCUGUCUCACCUCUAUUAAAUAGCAGGCUCAAACAAGAAGAGAAGAAAUUGAGCACAUCUGCCAAGCUUAAAGGUUUAAGUAUUAAGAGUAAAUGCAAAGUACAGGAGCAGCCAAUCUGUAGGCCGGCCAGGGCUGAAAGUCCUUUGCCAAAAAAAGCUCAUUCCUCCCCCAUUCAGUCCCCUAAACUAGCAGUCAAAAGAAUUACCCCUACAAACAGUCCAAAAAUGACAAGACCCCUGGAGAAGAGCAGUGCCUCAUCCAUUAAAACAAGCCAAGAGAGGAGUGUUUCAAGUGUUCGUGCCUUGAAGACAAAUGACAAUAUCCAUGAAGAACUUGUUUCUGAAACUGAGAAAGAAAAUUCUUGCUUAAUUCAAAAUGAAAUUGUAUCUAAAUGCCUAAAUGCCACAACUACACAAAGAACCUUCAUUGAGGUGCGGCUCUCGUCAUCUUCCUCCCCGUCCUCUACUUCGUCCACACCAGUUCUGGCACGCAAAGAAAUUUCAAACACUAGUCAUUCAAACCAAGUGCAGGGAACCCCUCCUGUUCUUAAUGAUAACACAUUGUGUGAGGAGUUAACAUCAAAACUUUCUUUUGGAUCUCAUAUGUCAUCAGAGCCUUCUGUAUCAAGACCAGACCAAAACAAUUGCAUUGGAAGUCCUGCUGAAUCUUCUGAUAAAGUAGCUAACAACAUGAGCAAGGUAGAUAGUGGCCUCAGGAACACAUCCAUUGUAGAAAUGUCUUCUGGCCUUAAAUCGGGAAAAUCUAAGCUCUAUCCUGGACUAGGCCGAAGGAGCUACUCCACAGAUACUAAUAGAGGAGCUCUUGACCCCAAUCCCUUUUCUGUCAGGCAAAGAAUAAAGUCCUUUGAGAACUUGGCCAGCUUUGAUCGUCCAGUUGUAAGGAAUAUAGACAUCCAGUCUUACGGUAUUAGCUAUAAGGCACCCCUCAACAGGAGAUUGUCUGGUUAUAUGGGCUCUCAGUCCAAUGACAACCGCUCGCUGAAAAGGAGCCUCAGCUCUUGUGUAGACAAUUUGAAUUUGGGACCUUCUUCGUCUAGACAGCCACAGAAUCUCACUACUAAUGGGGUUCUGAGCAACUUUGAGUCAACAUCUUCAGCCGUGCCACUUGCAGAAGAGAGGAUAGCUGAAGAAGCUGUGCCUCAAGCCAGUCUAGUCCCAUACACUCCACCAGUGCUGCGCUCCCGGAAUGCCCGCUCACAUGGCGGAUUAUCACGGUCAAGACUAAGGGAACUAAGGGCACUUAGUAUGCCUGAGCUUGACAAGUUAUGCCCUGAGGAUUUCUCACGUGACCCUGGCAAUGUCACAUUCAAGACAGAGCUGGAAAUCCAGCCUAUAAAGCCUGCAGAUCCACCAUCGGACCUUCAGUGUACUGUGGUGACCAGGGUGAGCAUGGUGGAUCCUGGAACUCCUGGCUCAGUUGGCAAUGGAGACCUCUGUCAAGAGCAACCAACACUGUCAAGCUGGUGUGUCAGUCUGAAAGACUUAUCUUCUCCAUCGGAACAGAAAAGGGUACAGAACGUCCUAAAUUCUGCAGUGGCUAAAGUGGACGUGAUGACACUGAUGGAGGAGUUUAACGGUGUUUCAGAGGUUAAAGAGGAUGUUCACUUUGUGGUCCUGGUGAAAGAAGAAGGCUCUGGAUUGGGCUUCAGCAUUGCUGGAGGGGUGGAUUUGGAGCAGAAAUCAAUAACUGUUCAUCGAGUCUUCACUCGAGGGGCCGCUGGAAUGGAAGGCACCAUUCGCCGGGGGGAUGCUGUGUUAUCCAUAAAUGGGAGCAGUCUCAGUGGGACCACCCAUGGUGAGGCUCUCUCCUGUCUACAUCAGACCAGGCUGCUCAAACAGGCUCUUGUGGUCAUCCAAAGAGGAAAAGACAGUGAACCUUCAUCACCGAGGCAUGAUGAUCGGCUUGGAGCCUGCACUUCCCCACCCUAUCAGGAAAACAGCAGAGAGAACGGGACAGUUAUGGAAGUUGGACCAGAUGGAGCCUUAAGUGUAGAGCUACAGAAGACUGCAGCAGGUCUGGGAUUCAGCCUAGAGGGCGGUAAAGCGUCAGCCCAAGGAGAUCGACCACUCUAUGUCAAACGCAUUUUCAGAGGAGGUGCUGCUGAACUGUCCCGGGUCAUUGAUGUGGGAGAUGAGGUUCUAGCUAUUAAUGGCAGGUCCUUGCAAGGCCUAAUGCAUUACGAUGCCUGGAACGUCAUCAAGACAGUCUCAGAGGGCCCUGUCCAAUUAGUCAUUAGAAAACCCCGGACUUCAGUAUGACAUACAGCCAGUGGACAUAUCCUGUGUGUUAAUGGAGUGCCAAAUUGAUCAUAUUGUACAUAUAAGAACUGCCAUUUUCCCUCUUUUUAUACUUUUUUUUUUUUUUUUUUUUAAAUCACAUCCCUGUGAUAUAUUUUUUUGCUCAUUUUCUACUGAAGAAUCAGAUAUUUUGGAAUUGGGUGGUGUUUAUAAGACUAAAACAGGGUUUUUUCUUGUUUGGUCUUAAUUUUAAAGCCCAUAUUAUUGAAAAUCAACCCAAAAUUUUCUUAACCUCCUAACGCUUCCUUUGUGACUGUGCUAUCAGUGUAGCAUGUACUCAUUUGUACAGUGGACUCACAAAAAUCAUGAAUUUACGUAUUUAUAUGGUCACACAGGAAUCCUGCAUCUUAAUUUGCUCAAUGCAAAUAUCCUCACGGUGGGCUUAUUUUGGUUUUUUUUUGUUUUGUUUAAGUAGUUUUUUUUUUCCAGAGAUCAACGUAUCAAAUGAAGCUGAAGGCUGUUUGACUGCUUGCCUGAAUAGACGCAUUCUCAUUCAGACUUUGUGAAAAUUUCUCCAACUUCUACAUUUUUUCUCAUCCCUUCCUUCCUCUUUUUAAAACUGAUUUCCAUUGAAUCCCCCAGUGGGAGGAAAAACACAGUUUUUCCCACAGUUACCAUUUGAUAGAUACUUCUUUUAUUCCAUCUAUUCUGCAGAAAUGCUGUAAUUUAAGAAGUGGGUCACACAAUCUAUAUUUGAAAUAUUCCACACUUCAAUUGGACCUGCUAUCUGUCACAGGAGGUACCGUCUGUCGUUAUAAAAGCACACGUCUCGCCAAAAGCAUAUUCAGAAUCGCAGCCCAAACUUCUAAUGACUUCUUUUGACUUAGUCCUGAACUUUUGAAGGACUACUUGAUUACAUUCUUCCAGCUGUGAAUAUUUUUCAAUGGGAAAACUCUGAGACUUUCCAGUGAGUUAUGUUGUAUCAACACUGCAUCAAUGCUGUAGUCAUAUUUUACUUGAAUUGUCUGUGUGUAAAUAUUGCAUUCCCCACAAACAAUACUUUAACUUAAUGUGUCUGGGCUUUCAAGCACAAGUUUGUUUAUAUUGAAUCAAACAAAUCAAAUAAGCAGUUAUUAAUAUUUCUAUGUAUUGCACUCAAACCUGCAUUUCAUGUUAAUGCCCUUGUGUAAAAAAAGACAUUAAACAUUUUUCAAUGCCGUGAUA